UAAACUCACACAUCGAUCAUUUUCAAAGUAAGGACUUAGUGAGACCAUUGGCAUUAGUAGAUCGAUCAGGCCGACUCCAGAGAAACCCGCGGUGACCUAUGAUUGUUCUGCUUUGCCACAUUCUGCCUUUUUAUGAUGCUGAGAGAAACCUUUCCAAACAAACGAGCUAAAGAAGCCUCUAUUCUUCAUAAGUUACUCAACCCGGGAUUACGCUCAUUCCAGAAGCCAAAUAUAAGGUUCACAGGAGAUCUUUACGUCUAAGGGAAAGUUGAAUUCAACAAGGACACAGCAGAUUGCUGAGAGCAACCGUUUCUCAUCAACUCAGAGCAUGGAGACAAGAGUCCACACCAAGAUAACCAGGAAUGAAAACAUCUUGAACUGCUUGUACCAAAAGCCUAAUGCAGUUUUUAAGCUGAUUUGCUUUCCCUGGGCCGGAGGUGGCUCCGUUUAUUUUGCCAAGUGGGGCCAAUCGUUUAAUGACUUACUGGAAGUGCAUUCUGUAAGGCUGGCUGGAAGAGAAACUCGAUCCCAGGAACUGUUCGCAAGUGACAUCUACCAGAUAGUUGAUGAAAUUGUGCCUGCUCUGCUUCCCGUGGUCCAGGAUAAAGCGUUUGCAUUUUUUGGCCACAGUUUUGGAUCCUACAUUGCUUUCAUGACUGCACUGAGCCUCAAGGAGAAAUACAAAAUGGAGCCUCUGCAUUUCUUUGUGUCCAGUGCAUAUGCCCCCCACUCAAUAUCCCGGCAUUCAAUUCCUGAACUGAACACACUGUCGGAAGAACAAGUCAGGCACUACCUUCUGAAUUUCGGAGGCACCCCCAAGCAUCUCAUUGAUGACCAGGACGUUCUGAGUCAGUGCAUUCCCAUUCUGAAGGCAGAUGCUGCCAUUGUGAAAAACUUCCUCUUUGACACGCCCUCGGAGGCUCUUCUUUCUCAGGACAUAACAUGCUUUUUCGGAUCUGAAGAUACAGUAAAGGACAUAAAAGGUUGGGAAGACAUAACCAGCGGGAAGGUUGACAGCUACAUGCUGCCAGGUGACCACUUUUAUCUGUUGGAACCUAACAACGAGAACUUCAUCAAGAACUAUAUAACCAAGUGUUUGGAAGUGUCGUUACUUGCUUGCUUUUAGAUGGGCCUUCAAUAUGCAAACCAAUCACAAGCUGUCCCUCUAGCUCCUGAGAUGGAGCACUUUAGUGUCCAGAGAUUGGAAGGUGCACAUUGAUGGAUUUCUGUUAAGGGAGCUGCAGGCUCCCAGCCAAUGGCUAUCUUAUGCCCCAAAAUAACAGCAAACAAACUGUAUUCAUAUAAACACUGCUUGGCCCAUUUCUAUUAAUGUGUGUAGCACCACGAGGUGCGCUUACAAGGAAGAUUCUAGCCUAAGUCCACCCUGGGUCGGAACUUCAUCAUGUCUGCCUCAGAGAGCAGAGCUAUGGCAUCUGUCUGAGGCGUCUUACCUCACUUCCUCUUUCUCCCAGCAUUCUGUCUGUUUACUCCACCUACCUAAAGGCUAGCCUAUCAAAUGGGCCAAGGCAGUUUCUUUAUUAGCCAAUGACCUUCCUCCAUCAGAUUUCUUCAUGGAGCAUCUCUCUAUUUGGGGAAAUGGCUAAUGCUAAGGGUCAGGGAAGCGAGGAGUUUCUGUAGCUGACAGCUGCAGCAAGAAGGGGCUACUUUUCUUUGGGGGACGUGGCCACUAGUUGGUUACUCAUGCUCCGUGUGCACCCACUGGUCGGUGACUCAUGCUCCGUGUGCACCCUGGUGGCACAGCAGACAGCUCGAAUUGGACUCAGUGCACUGUUUAAAAAGAAGAUGAGAAGAGCGGCACAGAAUUGGGAGGGGCACACAUUGGAGGACGUCCAUGGGGGGUGGGUUGGAAAGGUCAGUGAUGGGUGGAUAUGAUCAAAACACAUGUAUGCAUUUAGGAAAAUUUCAAAGGAUAAGUAAAAAUAUUGUUAGAGGAAGAAAACUUCUGCUAGUGUCCUUUAUCUUUUCAUUAAAAUCUAAUUUGAUUGACUUUUAUAUAAAGUUUUAUCAACAAAGUGUCUUCAGGUGGGGUUACACCUGAAGCUUCUUGCAUUAUUCUA